AGGCAGCAGGCGCCUAGGCUCAGUUUAGGUCGCGCCUUGUUGCGCUCUGCAGAGACAAGAUCGGACUCCCUGGUUUCCGCACCCUCUAGAGUGCCACGGCUGAUUGUCACCUCCCCGGACCUGGGCCACACCGCGGUCCCAAAAAGGGAAGGGAGAGAGAACUCGGCGUGGGUGCUGGGGACCCCGCGUUUUGCGCAGUGGGCUUACACACAGUUUUGAGUUCCCGGCUGGUCCCUACCCUGCUUUCCUGCUGGUUCGAAGUGUCUGCGGCUCCCCUGCUUUGCUCCAGUGGACAUCGUAGAACCCUAGGAACCUGGGAACGGACUCUUUGGGAGUCCCCAGUUCCGCUCUGCCGGCUCUCGGGAACUUUGAGUUGCGUUUCGGGUCUUUGUUUCCCUUCGGGGAAGCUGGGCUGUGGUUUGGCAGGCCAGGUCCCUGAGCAGGACCGCACGCUGGGAACCAUGGAGUUCACGGCGUCGCCCAAGCCUCAGCUGUCCUCUAGAGCCAAUGCCUUCUCCAUCGCCGCGCUUAUGUCUAGCGGCGGCCCCAAGGAGAAGGAGGCAGCAGAGAACACCAUCAAACCCUUGGAACAAUUUGUGGAGAAAUCUUCCUGUGCCCAGCCACUGGGUGAGCUGACGAGCCUGGACGCUCAUGCGGAGUUUGGCGGCGGGGGCAGCAGCCCUUCCUCAUCCUCUCUGUGCACAGAGCCGCUGAUACCUACCACCCCCAUCAUCCCCAGCGAAGAGAUGGCUAAAAUCGCCUGCAGCCUGGAAACGAAGGAGCUCUGGGACAAAUUCCACGAACUGGGCACGGAGAUGAUUAUCACCAAGUCUGGCAGGAGGAUGUUCCCCACCAUCCGCGUGUCAUUUUCUGGAGUGGAUCCUGAGGCCAAGUACAUAGUCUUGAUGGACAUCGUCCCGGUGGACAACAAGAGAUAUCGCUAUGCCUACCACCGGUCGUCCUGGCUGGUGGCUGGCAAGGCGGAUCCUCCCCUGCCAGCCAGGCUCUACGUGCAUCCAGACUCCCCCUUUACUGGAGAGCAGCUCCUCAAACAGAUGGUGUCUUUUGAAAAGGUGAAGCUCACCAACAACGAACUGGAUCAGCAUGGCCAUAUAAUUUUGAACUCAAUGCAUAAGUACCAGCCACGGGUGCACAUCAUAAAGAAGAAAGACCACACGGCCUCCUUGCUCAAUCUGAAGUCAGAAGAAUUCAGGACAUUCAUCUUUCCAGAGACAGUUUUCACAGCAGUCACAGCCUACCAGAACCAAUUGAUAACCAAGCUGAAAAUAGACAGCAAUCCUUUUGCCAAAGGAUUCCGGGACUCCUCCAGGCUCACUGACAUUGAGAGGGAAUGAGGUUUUGUUCUGGAAAGUUUAGGUUACCUACCUCAAGAGUGAGAGUUUACAAAAUAAACCUGUCUUCCUUGGCAUAUUUUCUUGCUUUCUUUACCAUGUUGUGGCCUCUUUUUCUUCUGGAUAUACCCUUGUCACUAACAGAUGAGACUGUCACUUGAUGUCAUCUGCCAAAUUAAGAAACAGCAUGAGGCUCUCUCCAGAUGGAUUUGAUCUUGGCUCUAGGAAAGUAAGCAUGAAUCUUGCAUGUUUCUUUUCUUAAAGCCAUGAGGCAGAUGAAUAUCUUUUCUUUAUGGAGAACUCAGCCUCAAGUACUUACUCCUUUAUAGCAGAGAAACAUAAAGGAAGAUGGCAUCUGCCUUUCUCUGCCUUUCAGAGGACCAAGGGCUCGAGGGUCUUUGAAGAAUUGAUAUAAAUGAAAGCAUGAAAUAAGUACUGAAAACAUUCAUACACCAUCAGACAAUUA